AUGGCGCCGGUCAACCAACGCAAGCACCUUGGCCGUGACAAGUUUGGGACGCAGUUCAGCCUACUGAAGACCCAACAGUACAUCGACCCUGCCACUCGCACCGUCACACCGACCAUCCACCGCACUAUUUCAUGGAAUGCAUCUGGCGGAUUAAUUGCGACCGGCGCCAACGACAAAACAGUUCGAGUGUGGAAUCCCGAACGAACGAGUCCACGUAGUCAGAUUGAGUUAAGGGGACAUGGCCAUGCCGUGGAAAAAGUCCUGUUCAAUCCUGUCCGGGAAUUCGAAUUGGCGAGCUGCUCCUCUGAUGGGACGGUCAGGUUCUGGGAUACACGAAGCAAAGUGUGCGUGACGAAACUUGAUGUCGGUGGCGAGCCAUUUACAUUGAAUUGGAGUGCCGACGGAAGCACUCUACUGGCUGGAACAAAGGGUGAUGUCCUUAUUCCCAUCUCAACCGCCAUACCAUCCUCACCUGUGGCUCUCUCACGGCAUAAACAAACCCAACAAACCAACCAGACGACCUUCUCCAAUGCCUACCCACCCACCGAACUCCUCAUCACCCAAGGCGACGGUUCUGUCAAGAUCCUUGACUAUCCAUCUCUCCACCUUCUCCAUACCGUCUCCGCGCACACCUCCUCCUGUACCGCCAUCUCAUACUGCCCAAAUGGAAAAUACCUCGCUGUUGGCGGCUCUGAUGCCAUGAUUUCCCUCUGGGAUACGACCGACUGGGUUUGUAGGCGCACGGUCUCCAAUGCAAGUUCCGGUGCCAUUCGAGGGCUCAGUUGGUCCUGGGACGGGCGGUAUCUGGUGGGUGCUAGUGAGGAGAUGGGCUCUGGAGGUGGUGAAGGGUUGAGCACGGGCUUUGAAAUAUAUCACGCUGAAACCGGUGAUGUUGUCCAUACCAUUGCCACCGGAACUAGUGGGAUUCCCGCAGUUGAAUGGCAUCCGAAUCGAUAUUGGUUGGCGUAUACUCAAAUCGAGGAGACUAGGCAAGGGAAAUCGAGUCUGAAAAUUGUCGGAGCAGCUGGGGCUCAGCUCGGCCAGGGGUGUUUCGACCAAAAUUGUACCAUCCGAGAGGCUCUGACUGCACAUAACAUUACUGAUAUGAUCUGUGGAGUCCCUCAUAGGGACAGAGGUCCGGUUAGCAGCGCAGUCACCUUCACGUCCAUGGGAGUGGCAAUAUGUCUCGUCACAUUGCGAAUUAUAGCCAUGGCCCCUGAUUUCAUCUUCUUCUGGGGAUGGGAUGAUGUUCUGGUUGGCCUUUCAACGUUGUUGAUGAUUGGCAAUGCGAUAUGCAACCCCAUCUCAAGAGACUACGGCUAUGGAAAGGACGUCUGGCGGCUGCCUUUCGCCAACACAGCUACGAUAUUUUACGUAGGAGGCAUUCUCUACGCUGUAGGCGUUGCAGCAACAAAGAUCGCCUUCCUGUGCUUCUAUAUCAAACUCUUCCCCUCUCCUGCGCUUCGAAGAGUAGCAUUCGUGCUUGUGGCUCUGUGUUUCAUACAGGGUACCGCUUUCACUUUCUUGUUCAUCUUCCAAUGCAGUCCGAUAUCUUAUGCUUGGACGCAAUGGGAUGGAACAGGCGAAGGACACUGUUUGAACUUCGACCUUGGUGCAGUGCUUCAUGCUGCGACAAACAUUUUGCUGGACUUGAUGAUUUUCGCUAUUCCCGUGACCCAGCUUUGGCGGCUCAAUCUGUCUCGCAAAAAGAAGAUACAGGUGCUUUCAAUGUUUGGCGUGGGAUUUUUGUGGGUUUCAACUCGGCUCUCUCCGUCUCGGAAGAACAUGCUCAUUCAAGAGGAUAGUGUUACCCUGGUCAGUAUUCUCAGGCUUUACAGCAUGAUCCAAUUGGGUGACAGUACGAAUCCUACCUGGGACUAUGUGCCUUUUGGCUACUGGAGUGAUCUUGAAUUCAACAUUGGCAUCGCCUGUAUUUGUAUGCCGUCUGUUCGCGUUUUUCUACGUCGAUACGUCCCUAGCUGUGGCAUUGCAACCACUCAAGACCGUUCACAAGGUCCCGAGCCGCCAAUUCGACGGGUAGAUUACGCCAAUGAGAGCAAGUCCAGAUCGCUCAAAGUUUCGACGCGGCGCGCAACAGAAGACGCAUCUUCAGAUCAAGUUGAAUUGUGUGCAGUUAACGAAGUCGACACAGCUAAAUGA